AUGGGCACAAUUUCGCGGGUCGUGACUUGGGGGUCAUGGGCUUUGGCGAUUUGGCUCCUGGGAUUUCAAAGGAGCCCCUACCAAGGAGGAAGUUCCUUUAGCAACCGCUUGGAGAAGUCUCCUUUGGACGACGGGCUCGCGUCCAACCGGGCACUUCGGACCUUCCGCUGCGUUGAGUGGGGCAUUGAUGUGCCGUUGAUCAUGUGCAUUUCUGGCCACUUCAUUCUUGGGCAUCCCCUGAGGGAUAUUACUCGGCCCUUUCUUCUCACCAGUUUCUACGUCAUCCUCUGCUGGGUGGCCUGCGAAACCAAGUCUGCAGGCAUGAAGUGGAGCUCGGUGAUGCUAUGCUUCUUGAUGUCCACCGGCGCAGCGCGCGACAUCUUGAAGUGGUGCUCCGCCUUUGAGGAGCAGGCCCCGAAGGAUCUGCCCAAUCGAAGCACCCGGCCGAAGCUGGUUCAGGUACUGCUGCUAUUUUAUGCUGGAUGUUGCAUUGCCUUCCUUCUGCCCAUCUUUGGGAUCAACUUUAACCACGGAGAUGUGAAGUGCUGCUUUCUGUUCACCUUCGGGGCAAAGUGCAGCUGUAUCGUCUACUUGGUGUUGAUGUCCGGCGAGUAUCACAAGACCUUGACGGACUUGCUUUGGAAGGUGAGGGCAAACUUGGGCAUGACAUCGAUCCUGCCCGCCAGCUUCGACAUGCUGCCCUGCACUCUGGAUACUUCUGGCUGCAGGAGAAAGAUGGCACUCAUAAGAAAGGAGUUCCUGGCCAACGCGGAGGCAAAAACCGACUUUGAGGCCUACGCGCACAACCUCAUUCGCCAAGUUGAUUCACAGCAGACCUUGAAAAAUGCCACACUGGCUCUGCAAGGUGUCCGCACCGUCCAGGGUAGAGCCAUGGCUCACAUGGCCCAGGUGCUGCGCAGCCAGAUGCUUGCAUCCGGCACGAGCAUGAACAUCACAUUGCGCCUCUCCGUGGUGCCCCCGGCGACUUUGGCCAAAGAGUGCCAGCUGAUUGCGGCUAUCCGGUUUGCCGUGCCAGAAGCUUGCGCACAAUCUGAGCCAGAGGCAGAGCCACGUUUCGAGACCUUCUUGACCGAGAAGGCUUCAAACCCCCCCAAAUCCUAG